GAGCUUUCAGGCACAGGGACCAGCAGGACUCCAGGCACUUAUGUGACUCCUUCCUUGGUCUCCUCUACUCCACUCUCCAGGAUUUCUUUUUAUACAACUCUACUCAUUGCUGCCCAACAAAACCAAGCAUCACAGCCUCCAGUCUUUGCACAGCUCUGACAACCUCGGACUUGCUCCAAAGAUGUCAAUGACAUAUGAGAACUUCCAGUCCUUGGAGAGUGAGAAGAAAAGCCAGAGGAUUAGAAAUGGGCUGCAUGCACCCCAGGUCUUCCUACAGCAUCUCUGCUCUGGACCACGCCUCUUCCUGCUCUCCCUGGGCCUCAGCCUCUUCCUGCUGGUCGGCAUCUGUGUGGUUGGAUCCAAAAGUUCCAAGAUUCAGAGGGACCUGGAGACUCUGAGAGCAACUUACAGCAAUUUCACUUCAAACACUGAGGCAGAGGUCCAGGCACUGCAUGCCCAGGGUGGCUGCUUGCAAGAAACGAUAACAUCUCUGAAAGCGGUGGUAGAAAACCAGGGGCAUCAGCUGCAAGCAGCCCGCAGCUUGAAUGACAAGGUGUUGUCUCUGGAGAGCAAGCUGGAGAAAGAGCAGCAGGAACUCAAAGCAGGCUAUUCUGACAUGGUUGUGAGAGUCCAGGAGCUGGCCAGAGACCUGAACUCCCUAAGUUGCCAGAUGGCUGUGCUCAAGAGCAAUGGCUCCCAGAAGACCUGCUGCCCCGUUAACUGGCUGGAGCAUGAAGGCAGCUGCUACUGGUUCUCCAGUACUGGGAAGCCCUGGCCUGAAGCUGAGAAUUACUGCCAGAUGGCAAACACACGCCUGGUGGUUAUCAACUCUAGACAGGAGCAGGAUUUUGUCCAGCAACACAUAGGCUCCUCAUACACCUGGAUGGGCCUCAGUGAUCCUGAAGGAGUCUGGAAAUGGGUGGAUGGGACAGACUAUGAGACCAACUUCAAGAACUGGAAGCCAGGCCAGCCAGACGACUGGCACGGGCAUGGGCUGGGUGGAGGUGAGGACUGUGCCCACUUCCACCCUGAUGGCAGGUGGAAUGACGACGCCUGCCAGAGGCCCUACCACUGGAUCUGUGAGGGCAGCCUAGGCAAGUUUACGUAGGAGUGUCUGAGAGCUGCUUCCUGUGGACCACUCAACCAUGGAAAUGGCAGGGAUGGGGGAGAGGGAUUCUUCCAAGACACCCCUAACAAGAGCCCUGGGAGAUCAGAGUGCUACUAUUAUGUUAAAGUUUUUUCUCCUCAACUUUCAAAAGACUGUAUAGAGUUACUAAAAUGUUUUUUAAAAUUAAAUUUCAGCUCUAUUGAGGUA